AAAGCCCAAUAUAUAUAUAGAGGUUUUGGUUAUAAGGGGGGUUUAGCUGAAACUACCCGACCCGACCCGUUUUUCAUUCUUCUCCGGCCGGUGACCUCCCCUCCCUCUCCAAAAUGGUCGGCUUCCAUGUUCGCCGACUGGCCCAUCGGCUCACUCGUUCCUCUAUCUCUGCCCUUCUUCUUCAUGAUUCUGCUUCUGCGGCGCAUGUAUCAUUAUUGAAAGUGGGUUCAAGGAGUUACAACACUGCGGCGAAGAAUCGAAUUAGGGAUUUGUUUCCAUCCAAUUGUUCAAACGCCACAUCACCCUGCAACCCAGGGACAUCAUAUGGACCCUUGUCGAGAUACCAAAUUUUGUUGGGCCUGAGGCAUAAAGAAUAUUGCACUACUACAGGGAAUGAGGAAAAGCAAACAAUAUCUGUAACAUUUGUUGACAAGGAUGGAGAAGAGAAGCACAUCAAGGUCCCUGUUGGAAUGUCUUUGUUAGAAGCUGCACAUGAGAAUGACAUUGAGCUUGAAGGAGCAUGUGAAGGGUCACUUGCCUGUUCCACAUGUCAUGUGAUAGUUAUGGAUGUGGACCAGUACAACAAGCUAGAAGAUCCAACAGACGAAGAAAAUGACAUGUUGGAUCUUGCUUUUGGCCUCACAGAGACGUCUCGUCUAGGUUGUCAAGUAAUUGCUAAACCUGAACUUGAUGGAAUCCGCGUAGCUCUUCCUGCAGCCACGAGAAACUUUGCUGUUGAUGGCUUUAAACCAAAACCACAUUAGAGAAUCUCCAACAUGGAUAAAAGAUUACUCAUGGGGUAUCCGCCAAAAAUCGAAGCCUCCCAGUUUUGUAGGCCUCUUACAAGUGAGUGUAUAAUAAUACCUUUAGGGUGAAUAUGGUAUCACAUAUUAUGCUGGAAAUUGUGACCAAAGUCAGCUGUUGUUUAGGCAUUUAGUCAAAGGAUUUGAUUGAUUAUUUUAUUAAUAAUAUCACCAAGGCUCAACUCCUCUUUUGAUAGUGUUAUCUUUUCACUAGGUUUGCAUUUUCUUGACUUUGGUGUAACACUUUUGUCAAAUCAUAUCAUUAAAGGUGUUUUAUUUUCAUUUCAA